AUGAAUACUCGCCAACGUAAAUCUGUUUCUUUUGAAACCUUUUCAUCGAUCUGCAAACAGACAUGCGUACAGAUUGAGGUUGUUGCAACUACCGAAGCAAGAACCCAACCACACUUUUGUAUGGUUAAAUGGAUUAUGAUGGGAACAGAGACCAUUCCUAAAUCCACCCUUCAGCCCAAGACUACCAGCAAAACUGCUCGAAAGAGGAACAAAAACUCGACUCCGACUGCUAAUGCAGAUGUAGUUAAACAAGUUGUUACUACAGAUAUGGCCAGCACAUUUGAGACUAGCGAGAAACGGAAUAUGGUGUUGGAGCGACUAGUCAAGGCACUCCGAAGCCAACUUCAAGCAGCAGUCGAUACUCACAACGUUAGUCUCGAUGCUGCAGUCUCUUGUCAUUCCGACAAGAGCAACGAGAUGCUGGCUGCGGAUACGCUUCAUCAGCUGCAAUUGCGGUCCAUUGUGCAGCAGAAACAAGAGGCUGCAACAAACAGACUAUUUGAUGCAUUGGCCGAUACAAUUCCUGUUGGUCAUCCUCAGCAUCAGCUAUUGCUGUUUGUCCGACAAUCGGCAAUGGAACAUUUUGAAUUACAGCAAUUGAUAUCAAGACUUGCCUGUUCGCUUUCUACUACUUCAACUGCUGCUGACAAGGAACUUGAUCAAAAGGAGAAUAGUGUGGACCAGGAUUCUUUACAGGGACUUCCGUUACUGGAUCUUGCUUUGGAGAUCAUUGCCAAGCAUACUCGCACAAGUGGGUCGCUUUGUACGGAUGUCGCUUCCACGGACAGUUUACUUCCACCACUGCCCACCAUGAAUAGCAUUGCGACGGCAGAGUUACCAAACACACAGCCAUCCACUAUUCCUCAUUCAGAGGAUCCCAAUGUUGGAGUGUAUCUGGCAACUGCUCGUAAAGUUACCUUUGAUGGCAAUCAGUUGCUGCUCAACAAAUUACGAUUACUGAAAAAAGGUCAUCAGAUGAAACUCGAAGCUGCAAAUGCAGAGGCCACUGCCUUGAACAUUGCUGGAAAACAAUCCAUAGGCCAGCUAAGAUUGGAAAAGGAUCAAUUGCUGAAAUGCAUUCAUCUGGCUGACGAGACCACUGCUGGUCUCACUGCUCAAGUGCAGCAAUUGACCGAUAUGCAAAACGAAUUUGUUCAUGCUACUAAAGAGAUCAAUCCUCAACAAGACUCUUUGGAAUCCAACAAAAUGUACAUGAGCGUCCUUACUCGAUCCAAGGCUUUAGAAAAGCAACUGGAAACCGUGACUCAGCAAUACGCUAUAUUACAACAACAGCUGGAGGAUAAUGGAGUUCAACUAAAACAAUAUGCUACUGUUCUUUCUGAAAAAGAGAUUGAUAUUCGUAAUCAUGUAGCUCGUAUACAAGAGUAUCAGCGCAUGUUGACGUCUUCUGAACAGAUGUUGUCGACUCAACGAGCAGAAAUGGAUGAAAUAAAAGACACAGUUGAGCGAGCAAUCAGUAUCGGCAAGCAGCAAGAUGCCGCAUUGGAAAGCAAAGACUCGAUUAUCCGCAAAAUGGAAUCGCAGGUACAAUAUGGGUUCUCACACUCGUUGAGUCUUUUUUACACCAGACUCUUGGUAACUGGACCUGAUAUCCAUAGCCUCAAUCGUGAUCACUGGAUAGAGGACAAGGAUGCUGUCGAGUGCCAUGAUCCAACCUGUACAAAAAAGUUUGGAGUAUUUGUUCGUCGACACCAUUGCAGAAAAUGUGGCAAUAUAUACUGUGCCGAGCAUGUGAGCAAGCACAUGAGGUUGUCCAUUGCAACACUAGAAUACCAUCCACAUGGGGUUGAAACCAAAAUAUGCGAUAUGUGUGCUGUUGAUACUCAGGCAAGACGGUUCAUGUUGCUUUUUUAUUGA